AUGCAACACCAAGCCCACCCCUUAAAUUUCCAAGCCCCAACCCAAGCCUGCAGUGAGGUCCCAAGCCCUAGCACAGGGUGGUUCAUGGUAUACCUCACUAGUGUGGGCCCAGAGGGAAUCCCUGAGCCCCUGCCCAAGCCCAAACUAAGACCAAAGGCCCCAGUGAGGAGGAGGAGAAGAAGAAGAAAAAGGAGGAAGAGGAAGGGAAGGAAAAGGAGGAGGAGGAAGAGUAGGAGGGACUGCUGUGCAGAGGAGCAGCCUGAGAUUCGCCCGCCGCGCUUGGAGAGGGGAGGCCACGGCCCCUUAGAGCCCCCUCCUUUCCUUGCCAACCGGGGCGGCGCUGCGCUUAGCCCCCGACACCCACCCGGGGGUGGUGGGGGUGGUUUGCGGAGCUACUGCACAAAAGCCACCGCCUCACUAAGCCGCCACUGGUACCCGGAGGGAGCCGGCCGCCCUGGGCUGGGGGGAGACCCUGGCGCUGUCCUCCUCCUGCUUUUCCUUCUUCUCCUCCUCCUCCUCCUCCUCCUGCUCCCGCCCCCUCGGAAGGGUCCCCAGCCUGCCUCCCCGGGAGCCCGCAGAGGAGGAGCCGGAGGUGCCACCGCCACCGCCGCACAGGGAGGGCGGGGAGAAGACCAUGUGAAUGGGGCUCCGAGCCUCAGGUCUUUGAAGAAGCAGGAUGUUCAUCUAGACGUGGAAAAAGACCAGUCCUACAGCUGUGGCAGAAGAAAUGUGGUGUAUAUAAAAUUUGUGAUAGCUGGGAGAAAUUCUGAAAGAUGGGCAGCCAAUGCCUCCGUUCCCACCAGCUCCCACCGGCUCCCACUGGCUCCCACCGGCUCCCACCGACUCCCACCAGCUCCCACCGGCUCCCACUGGCUCCCACCGGCUCCCACCGACUCCCACCAGCUCCCACUGGCUCCCACUGGCCUCCACCAGCUCCCACCGGCUCCCACCAGCAAAUAUCAGGACUGA